UUCUCGCUCCGGAGCAGGCAUGGACAUGUUCAGUAUAGCUUUAAUCUCCGAUACAUACGGGACACGUGAACCAGGUGAAUAUCGCUUCACGACAUAAAAGCGCAACACGUGUAAUUUGGCUCGAUCGAAUGAGUUUAACGUGGACGAUUAAUUCGAUUGGCUUCAGAUUUUCUAAUCAUUCGUAUUAUAGUGACAGUUCAGCUGUAGUGUGUGCAGCAAAUAUAUUUGCAUCUCUGUAUUAUCGUCGAAAUGGGCUGGAACGGUGAGACAUGUAGGAAUAACAACGACUGCCCCGUCAAACAAUUUUGUUAUAUCUCCAAACGAUGUGUGGAUUAUCUGGACUGUAGCAGAUAUAAUCGCAUGAAAGGCCAGAUAGCUGCACAGGAGCCAUUGCAAUGUGGUCCGUGCUUGAAAGGAUACGAAUCUGAGAUGCUCACCACUGGUCAAGAGACGUCAUCAUGUAAACAUAUAGAAAAUCAGGUUAAACCUGAUACUGCGCACACGCAUGUAAUGAUAGUCAUUGAGAUCAUAAUUAUAAUCGUUGUGAUAAACGCUAUUCUCGUCUCAGUUUUAUUCUGCUAUAAGUUUUACAAACGCCGUCGCGCACGUCAAAUUCACGGAUCUAAUCCGAAUAAUGCACAUGAUAUACCAUCAGAAGUAGCAUUAGAUAAUUCUAAUGCAAUAGCCAGUGCUCCACCAGAAGAAGAAAGACUAUUUAUUGAAUCUAAUGAAAAAAAAUAUUGCAUAUCGGAUAAAAAUAAUAAAAGGAUCACAGAAACUAACGAAUAUCAAACCAGUGUUCCAUACACUAUUCAAUACAGGCAUAUAGAUGCCUAUGCUUCUACAAAUAAUAAUUCCAACACCAAUGAUUCCAAUUCUAACAAUAAUCUACUUUCUAGAGAAGUUACAGUUUUUGAAAUGCGAGAAGAUCAGAGUGAUAGAAACAUAGAGACAUCACAAACUGAUCGAUCUGAUCAUAAUGAUGACAAUUUAUCUAAUCAUAAUGAUGAUAAUGGUGACACUAUAGAUUCUGCUUCUGAACCCAACAAUAGAAGUGAUAAGAAAAAAAAAUCAAAUCUAAUUAUCAAUCAAGUGGUCCAACAAAAUAUCACAAUAAACCUGAAUGGAGAGGAAUAUUAAUGAUCAUAAUCUUUAUCAAUGUUGACAACAUAAUGUUAUAAUCAGCAAAUAGUAUAUUUGUACACAUCACACACAUAAUACCUUCUUUGUACUACAAUAAUUAAUAAUAUGCAGUUAUAGAUUACUAAAAAUUCUAGUGUAUUAAAUGUUAGAUAUAUUAUUUUUAAUAUAUUAUGUAAUAUAUUAAGAAUAUAUAAAUCAUCUUUUUUUUUAAAUUGCAUUAUACUUUAGAGAUUGAAAAAGUGAUUUAUUAUACUCUAAAUAAUAAAAUAUCUAACUUCAAUCACAACAAUCUCUUACACAUAUUCGAUUUUGUAUGUGACAAAAAUUUUUACAUUAUCAAUGAGAAAACUUGUACAUUUUAUAAUAAAAAUUUUGUUACAUUUCUAAAUU